GCGGACCGGGCCGUAUGAGUCGUGUCGUCUUUUGCAGCCUUCUCUGCUUUCAACUUAUUAGAUUUAUCGGCCUUUCUCACUCUACGCGUUCGACUCGACUUCUCCAGUUCUCCCCUUCUACCGCCAUCAGCGAUCUAUAGUGACUGGAGUUGACUGGAGUUGACUGCAGUGAAGCUUACGUUGUACAUUGAUUUGGCGUCGAUCGAAUUUGCAUUUAAUCGGUCAAUUUAAGUGAUUUUUUUACGGAAACAUGACAACGGCGGCAAGACCAACUUUCGAGCCUGCCAGAGGAGGACAAGGACGGGGCGAGAAAGACUUGAGCGCGAUCUCAAAACAAUACAGCAGUAGGGAUUUGCCAUCGCACACGAAGCUCAAGUACAGAGAGCAUGGUCAAGGGACAGUCGAAGAAUUGCGAAACCGGGACUUCAGAAAGGAAUUGGAGGAAAAAGAACGGACAGAGAAGGAUAAAGGAUCAGGUCGUCGCGCCAUUGAACCUUCUAGGGAAUCGACUGCAUCUAGUACAAAGAGGCAGAAGUUAGAUCAGGUUCCUGCAGCCAGUUUAGAUGCGGAUGAUCCACUUGAUGAAGAUGAAUCGGAUUCUGACAGUGAUGAAGAUGACACUGCUGCGCUCUUGGCCGAACUUCAGAGAAUUAAGAAGGAACGAGCAGCAGAUCAAGCUAAGAAAGAAAUGGAGAAACGUCAGGAAGAAGAAAGAAUUCGUAUGGAAAAUAUUCUUUCAGGAAAUCCUCUGUUGAAUUAUUCUUCACAGGGCGGAAGAGUGGAUAUGAAGGUACGAAGACGAUGGGACGACGACGUCGUUUUCAAAAAUUGUGCGCGCUCCGAACCGAAGAAGAAACAUGAUGUUUUCAUCAACGAUUCCUUGCGAAGUGAAUUCCAUCGCAAAUUUAUGGAGAAAUAUGUUAAGUAAUUUAUUAAUUAUGAAUAUUAGUGUUGUAAAUAAUUUUUUAAUACAUAUACAUAUUAUCGAAUAAAAGUACAUUUCCUCUUUUACGUCA